GCAAGAUUGGACUUGAUAGAACCAAAAGUCAGCAACAAGCUAGCUGUGUAUCAUCGACAUCUCGGGCAGUGGGCGCAUCGCACGAAACUGGGGUCGGAAGAUGGCGUCAGGUCUGCGAUCCGCGUCUCCUGCAAUGACUUAUGCUUGGGUAUACCAUCCCAGCUGUACAAAGGAUUCGUGCGCUCCGAAAGGUACCUUCCCUUGUCCGACGAUUCCAAUCAUUCAUGCAGAUCAUUUCGACACCACUGACUUCGAGCGAUGAUAGGCUCGCACCCUUAAUCCUUCAUUACACGUUCCAGUCUUGCCUUCUGCCUUCGGAACGUUGGGCCUACCCUAGCUUGCUGUAGAAAAACAUCACUCGAGCUGUCAAUCGCGUGUUGGUUCUCCCACACCGCUCAGAAGUGCUUCCAUUGGCGUCCAUUAGAGAUGCCGUGCCCUGCCAAUUCUAUGUACGCGUUAUGUCUUGACGCCUUGCUCGGCGAACCGUCAAAAAGUAUGCCAUUCGCCUUUUCCCGAGAGCUCGCUAUCACUUGCGUCAUUAAUGAUUGGAGCAUAAGGUCGCGAACACUUCGUUCUCAAGCCUGCUGUCCGGCGUUCUACCGUCUGCGUCUUCCUUGGGUCAACGUAGCCCUCGACUUUUCUUUGUGGGUCGGCGGCUAGUCAAAUGUUUCUAGCCACAUAUGGGAGACUAUUCUUAGCACUCAGACGCGCUGAGACCAUACCUGGUGCAUUCGAAUCCUCUUCAACCCAUAGGUGGACGUUAGAGCGCCAUGGCGAUGCUAGCAUGUCGUACUUAAACGCCAACACUCGGUGCAUGCUGUCACUGACCCCAUGUGGAAGGACUCACUGGCACCUUCGCAAAGAAUUCAUCAAAGACUCGACUCGAAGGGAAAUAUGCUUGAACCCAUAAACGGCCACUUAUUUUCCUCCAGCGGCGGCCUGGCAUAUCUCAGCUCCUUCAGUAUGAAGGGAGACUAUUCAGCUUUGACGAGCUUGCGAAGGUGGGGAGCCGAUUAAGGCGCCGUUCAGGUUGGUAGUACUUAUAUCUUCUCCGAACGAGGCGUUGUACCGUCAUUCCGUACGAACCGCCUGGUAGUGCACCAUGCCCAUGCUAAAGGACCCCUCCGAGAAGUACGAUGGCUACGAGCCGAUCGACAUCCCAGACCGGACGUGGCCGACUCAGGUGACGCGCAAGGCGCCGAUAUGGCUCUCGACGGACCUGCGCGACGGGAACCAGGCGCUGCAGACGCCGAUGAACGUCGAGCAGAAGCUUGAGCUGUUCGAUCUGCUCGUCUCCGUUGGCUUCAAGGAGAUCGAGGUGGCGUUUCCGCCCGCGAGCGAGACCGAGUUCACGUUCGUGCGGCGGCUUAUCGAGGAGAAGCGGAUACCGGACGGCGUCGCUAUCCAGGUGAUGACCCCCGCGCGGCGCGACUGCAUCUCGCGCACGUUCGACGCGAUCCGCGGCGCGAAGCGCGUCAUCGUGCAGCUGUACAACGCGACGGCGCCGAUUUUCCGGGACAUCGUGUUCCAGAGCACCAAGGAGGACAUCAUCAAGCUCGCCGUCGAGCACACGCACGUCGUGCGCGCGCUCGCGAUCGAGUACGAGCGCAUAUACGGGACGGUGUUCCAGCUGUGCUACGGCAUCGAGGGCUUCACGCAGUCCGAGCCCGACUUUGUGAUCGACGUGUGCUCGCGCAUCAAGGACGCGUGGGACUCGCAUGGUCCGAGUCCGACGAAGAUUAUCUUUAAUUUGCCGAGCACGGUUGAGUGUGCGCCGGCGAAUCAUUUUGCUGAUCAGGUAGAGUACUUCUGCCGAAAUAUUCCCAAGCGGGAAGAAGUUCUGGUAUGCUUGCAUGCUCACAAUGAUCGAGGAACUGCUGUAUCUGCCACGGAGCUCGGUCUCCUGGCUGGUGCGGACCGCGUAGAUGGGUGCCUACUCGGCAACGGCGAGCGGACAGGAAAUGUCGACCUCAUCAUCCUCGCCCUGAACCUAUACACGCAAGGCAUACCCCCACAUCUCGACUUCAGCGACCUGGGCAAGAUCGUAGAAUCCAUAAGCAGACUCACAGCUCUGCCCGUCCACCCACGACACCCCUACUCCGGUAGCCUCGUCUUCACCGCCUUCUCAGGCGGGCACCAAGACGGGAUUCGCAAGGGUCUCGUCCGGCGGGCGGAGAACCCAGCGCAGAAGUGGCGCGUGCCCUAUCUCCCGGUGGACCCAAGCGACUUCGGCUUCGUCUACCGCCCCGUGCGCAUCAACUCGCAGUCCGGCAGAGGCGGCAUCACCUACCUCCUCGAGCAGGCCUUCCGCUUCACGAUCCCGCGCCCGAUGCAGGCCGACUUCUACAAGACCGUGCAGAACAUGUGCGACACCGAGGGCCGCGAGCUCGCCGUCUCGGAGAUCAUCGCGGCGUUCUGCCACAAGUACCACUUCUCGCCGCCUGCCAAGGUCGAGGAGCUCGACAGACCGGUCGAGAUCGCGAGCCGCGUGGCGCUCGACAGCUUCACGACGUUCCAGGAGGGCCCGGACGAGCCUGUGCGGUUCGAGGGCACGCUGUCGGUGGACCACCGGGACGACGCGGUGUGCGGGCGCGCGGACGAGGUGCACAGUGCGAUCGGGUAUGCGCUUGCGCGGACGCUCGCGGUCGAGUUUGUGGUUAUGGCCAAGUACAUCGAGCCGCUCGCGGAGGGGCGCGGUGCGGCGGGGUAUGUGCGGCUAGGCCUCGAGAAGGAGACGGCAGGCAGCCAGGCGGGCUGGUGGGGCGUGGGCGUGGGGUGCUGCAUCGAGGAGGCGACGGCACGGGCGAUUGUAAGCGCGAGCAACGUUGCGCUGGACCAGGUGUCAGCGGAGAUGGGCUGCUGCAGGAAGGGGUUUUAGAGGCUCGGAUGGACUGUAUUUUUUGGUGUACGAUAGGCAAACGGACCUCAUACCCUUUACAUUGUAUUUUUAUUGCACAAAAAGGAUCUCUGUAUCCUCACACUAUGGCCAUAUGGG